CACCAACAACCAGCAGCUCAGCCUGGGGAGCAGCUCCCACUGGCACUGGGGAAGGGGAGAGCUCUGCUCAAAUACCUCCGACCUAAACUGGAGCUUGCAGGAGAAAUUUACAGAAGAGAACAACAGCCAGGAGAAGAGAGCUUUGCUGUGGAGAGGCCGGGCUUGCAGCAUCCUCACAGGAGAUUCUGAAACUGAGAAUUCUGAGAAGACUCUGAGGCUGCUCCCAUUGUGAAAACUUCCAGAGUCCAUCCCUGGAUGUCCGUGUUUCCUGGCUGCCGCUGUUCUCCAAAGCAGCUCUGAAACAAAAACCCCGAGGAGCCUCUGCCACAGCCAUUAUCCUUGGAUCACAGCACUGCUGGAAAAUCUACAAAUACAGAAUAAGCAGGAGGCGCCCGGGCCGGGCAUGAGUGUCCCAGGGGGCCAUGCCCUUCUCCAACAGCUCUGAGCUCAGCCCGUCCUUCCUGCUGGCCGGCCUGCCGGGGCUGGAGGGGGCUCACUCCUGGCUGGCCGCGGCGCUGUGCUCGGCCUACGUGCUGGCCGUGCUGGCCAACGGCGCCGUGCUGCUGGCCGUGCGCGCCGAGCCCGGCCUGCACGCGCCCAUGUACUUCUUCCUGUGCAUGCUGGCCGCCAUCGACCUGGCGCUGGCCUCGGCCACCGUGCCGCGCACCCUCUGCCUCUACUGGCUGGGCACGCGCGACGUCGGCUUCGGCGCCUGCCUCACGCAGAUGUUCCUGAUCCACGCGCUCUCGGCCGCCGAGUCCACCGUGCUGCUGGCCAUGGCGGCCGACCGCUACGUGGCCAUCUGCCACCCGCUGCGCCACGCCGCCGUGCUCGGCGGCCGCGCCACGGCCAAGGUGGGCCUGCUGGCCCUGGCCCGCGGCGUGCUCUUCUUCCUGCCGCUGCCCCUGCUGCUCCUGCCGCUGCCCUUCUGCGGGCCCCGCCGCCUGUCCCACUCCUUCUGCCUGCACCAGGACGUGAUGAACCUGGCCUGCGCCAACACCACCCCCAGCGUGGUGUACGGGCUCACCGCCAUCCUGCUCGUCAUGGGGCUGGACGCCGUGCUCAUCUGCCUCUCCUACCUGCUCAUCCUCAGGGCCGUGCUGCGCCUGGCGGACUGGAGGGAGCGGCUCAAGGUGUUCAGCACCUGCGUCGCCCACAUCUGCGUGGUGCUGGCCUUCUACGUGCCCCUGAUCGGGCUCUCCGUGGUGCACAGGUUCGGCAAGGACCUGGCUCCGCUGGUCCACAUCAUCAUGGGCAACGUCUACAUCCUGGUGCCCGCUGUGCUCAACCCCAUCAUCUACGGGGUGAGGACCAAGCAGAUCCAGAGGACGAUCCUGAGUUUGAUCCGCAUCACUGACAGAGCUCCCCGGUGACCCAAGCCUGGCCGCUGCCCCGUGCCCUCACCCUGGCUCACCUGGUUUUACACUCAGAGCCUUUGGUGCCAGACUGUCCUCUCCGUGUGCUCCGAGGUGCUGCCACCAGGCAAAGGCUGAUGUAAACUCCUCCCGAGAAUGUUUGCCCUCACCAAACUCAGAGAGCAAUGACUGCAAUGAUCUAAACCCAAUCCCACUCUCACCAAACUCAGAGAGAAAUGACUGCAAUGAUCUAAACCCAAUCCCACUCUCACCAAACUCAGAGAGAAGUUACUGCAAUGAUCUAAACCCAA